AUGUUUCAGCUCGGUGGAAUGAAGAUUAAGGUCACAUUUGGACAGGCCACUCAAUUGGACGAAUUUAUGCUCACCGACAAACGAUUCGACGGUAUUUUAGGAUUAGCAUUUCAGUCGCUCAGUGCGAUUGGAACAGCACCACCAUUUUUGGCUGCUGUUAAGCAAGGAAUCAUAAACGAAGCUGUUUUCACUGUAUUUUUCCGCAGAGAU